AUGGAGACCCCAUCCCAGACCUGGCAGAAGAUUCAGUUCCCCUUCAUCCACCGGACUCCAUGUGAUGCAAGAGCCGCCGGGGAGCUGAGGGACAGAGCAGCGCAGAAAGCCGGGGGAUGGAGCAGCGCGGAAAGCGUCCUCUCCCCGCUGCCUUCAUCAGGUCUUCAGCGUAUUUCUUCUCCAGCUGGAGAUGGUGGACCUCAUCGCAGCCUCUGCCAAGCCUACCUCUUCCCGCACGCCUGCCAGGCUGGGAGCAGCUUCUCCAAAAGUCCUUUGCUGUCGGCUGGGCACUCUGUGGGUGACAGACUAUCCGCCCAUGCUGGGCUCAGGGCUGCAGAGAUCCUCCUCGUCCUAGCAGGGCUGUGUGCGUCAGGUCCCGCCGACGUAAGGCUGGUGAAUGGCCCCGACUCCUGCCCGGGCCGGCUGGAGGUGUUUUACAGUGGCACCUGGGCGGUGUGCGAUGACCACAAGGGAGCCCGCGUGGUCUGCCGGCAGCUGGGCUGCGGGUCAGUGCUGUCGGCUGUUGGCGGGGCUCACUACGGGCGAGGAGCAGACCCCAUCCGGCUGGCCAACGUACACUGCGCCGGGAUGGAGGCCACCCUUUCUGAGUGCUGGGCACGGCCCUGGGGAGCCCACAGCUGCGGGCACGGGGAAGACGCCAGCGUCUUGUGCUCAGGGGCACCCGCUCCAGGUUCGACCCGUACCAGGCUGGCGAAUGGCUCAAGUUUCUGCUCUGGCAGAGUUGAAGUCCUCCACGAUGGCGAAUGGGACACCGUGUGCGACGACAGCUGGAGCCUGAUGGACGCCGAAGUGGUGUGCAGGGAGGUGGGUUGCGGCCGGGCACCGUCAGCUCAGUUCGGGGCUGCCUUCGGGCAGGGGUCGGGGCCCGUCUGGCUGGAUGAAGUGACCUGUGCUGGGACGGAGGCUGCCCUUUCUUCUUGCCAGGCCAGGUCCUGGGGGAGCCAUAACUGCAACCACGGAGAGGAUGCUGGCGUUGAAUGCACAGGUAGCUCUUGACUCCUGCCCCAACCGACUCGGGUCCGGCUGGUGAAUGGCUCCAGCUGCUGCUCAGGGCGAGUCGAGGUCCACCACAACCAGCAGUGGGGGACGGUGUGCGAUGACAGCUGGGACCUGAGUGAUGCUGAGGUGGUCUGCUGGCAGCUGGGCUGCGGGCUGGCCAUGUCAGCCCCUGGCAGGGCUCCGUUUGGGUGAGGACACGGUCCCAUCUGGCUGGAUGAAGUGAACUGCACAGGGACAGAAGGUGCCAUCACUGAAUGCAGCUUCAAGCCCUGGGGAGCCCAUAACUGCAACCAUGGUGAAGAUGCGGGUGUCGUGUGCUCAGGUAAGCCUGAUCCCACGGAGCUACGGCUGGUGAAUGGCUUGAAUCACUGCGCUGGGCGCCUCGAAGUGCUUCACGACCAGCAGUGGGGGUCCGUGUGUGACAACGGCUGGGACAUGGAGGGUGCCGAAGUGGCGUGCCGGCAGCUGGGCUGCGGCACUCCAGUCUCCGCUCCAGGCUGGGCUAGGUUUGGCAGGGGGCACAGCUGCCACCACGACCCCAUCUGGCUGGAAACAGUCAGCUGCCGGGGGACGGGGGCUGCCCUCACCGAGUGCAGAUACCCAGGUUGGGGCAUCCACAGCUGCCACCACGGGGAAGACGCCGCUGUGGUGUGCUCAGACCCAAUGGCGCUUCGGCUGGUGGACGGCCCACACUGUUGCACCAGAAGGGUCGAGGUGCUUCAUCAGCAGCAGUGGGGGACAGUGUGUGAUGAUGGCUGGGACCUGCACGAUGCCGAGGUGGUGUGCUGGCAGCUGGGCUGCGGGGCGGCGGUCGCAGCCCCGGGCUCGGCUUGCUUUGGCCGGGGACGUGAUCCCAUCUGGCUGGAUGAGGUGAACUGCACAGGGACCGAGUCCGCCCUCUCCAAAUGCGGGGCCAAGCCGAAAGGAAUCCACAAGUGCCACCAUGGAGAAGAUGCUGGUGCGGUGUGCUCAAGUAGCUGCUACCCUACCGAGGUCCGGCUGGUGAACGGCUCAAAUCGCUGCUCUGGGAGAGUUGAGGUGCUGCACAACCAGCGAUGGGGAAGUGUGUGCGAUGACGGCUGGGACCUGGACAACGCAGAAGUGGUGUGCCGGCAGCUGGGCUGUGGGACGGCUGUAGCCGCUCCACCCAGAGCUCAGUUUGGGAUGGGGUACGAGCCCAUCUGGCCGGAUGAUGUGAACUGCACCGGCACUGAGGUUGCCCUCUCCGAGUGCAGGGCCAGACCACGGGGAGAGAGUAACUGCGACCACCGAGAAGAUGCCAGCGUGGUGUGCCUGGGGAAGCCACCUCCAGCUCAGGUCUGGCUGGUGAACGGCUCCAGCCGUUGCUCCGGGAGGGUCGAGGUGCUUCAUAACCAGCAGUGGGGGACGGUAUGUGACAACGGCUGGGACCUGAGCGAUGGCGAGGUGGUGUGCUGGCAGAUGGGCUGCGGGGUGGCUGUGUCAGCUCCAGGCUUGGCUCGCUUUGGGUCAGGGUCCAACCACAUCUGGCUGGGUGAUGUUGAGUGCACGGGGGCAGAAGCUACCCUCUCCGAAUGCAGGUCCAGGAUGGGGGAACCCAUCAAUUGCAACCAUGGGGAAGAUGCUGGUGGUGUGUGCUCAGGUAGCACCAAACCCCACGGAAGAGCUGAGGUCACUCUUCUGCAGAGCCUCUGUGCUGGGAGAGUUGAAGUGCUCCACAGGCAUCAGUGGGGGACCGUGUGCGAUGACAGCUGGGAUGAAGAGGACGCCGCAGUCGUGUGCCGGCAGCUGGGCUGCGGGACGGUGGUCUUGGCCCCUGGUGCGGCUUGGUUUGGGCAAGGGCGCAAUGCCAUCUGGCUGGACGACGUGAACUGCACAGGGAAGGAGGACACCCUCUCGGAAUGCCUGGCCAGGCCAUGGGGGACACACAGCUGUGACCAUGGGGAAGACGCCGGUGUGGUGUGCUCAGGCUCUGUUACCAUCAGACCUCCGCAGCCUCCGCCGCUGCUCCCAUUGCUGGUCUCGAUCAUCCCUCCCAUCUCGAUGCUGGUCUGUGGGGCUCUCCUGUACCAGAGGAGGAGGCAAAUGCAAACCAGGGCUUUUAAUUCCCCCUUAGGUGGGACAGCCCUUGAAGCCUCCUCGAACACUGCCUGUGCUUCCCUCUGCUGCCUGCGCUGCCUCAACCUGGCUGGCUUUGCCAGAGCAGGGCUCCUCAUCUACCUGGCGUGCCUCUGCGACCUGGUUGCUUCCCAGCGGGUUCCCCUCCGCCUGUCAGAUGGCCCACACCGCUGCGCCGGCAGGGUCGAGGUCUUCUACGAGAACCAGUGGGGAACGGUGUGCGAUGACUACUGGGACCUGGAGGAUGCUGGCGUGGUGUGCCGGCAGCUGGACUGCGGCACGGCACUGUCAGCCCCCGGGGCCGGGCAUUUCAGGGCAGGGUCUGGUCCCAUCUGGCUGGACGACGUCAACUGCAUGGGAACGGAGGUCGCCCUGUCUUACUGCAGGAUGAAGGGCUGGGGAAAGAACAACUGCCACCAUGGUGAAGAUGCCGGUGUGGUGUGCUCAGGCACAGCCACCAACACACCAGCUCAUCUGCGCCUGGAGAAUGGCCCCAGCCGCUGCGCAGGGCGCGUGGAGGUGCUGCACCACCAUCAGUGGGGGACAGUGUGCGACAACGGCUGGAGCCUGGUUGAGGCAGUGGUGGUCUGCCGGCAGCUGGGCUGUGGGACGGCCGUCUCUGCCCUGGGCUUGGCUCACUUCGGGCAGGGGUCCGGCCACAUCUGGCUGGAUAAUGUGAACUGUACAGGGACAGAAGCUGCCCUCUCCGAAUGCCAGGCCAGGCCGUGGGGAUCCAACAGCUGUGACCACCGGGAAGAUGCUGGUGUGGUGUGCUCAGACACUUCGGGACAGCUCCCACUGCGGCUGGCAAACGGCUUGAACAGCUGCCUGGGGAGAGUCGAGGUCUUUCACGACCAGAAGUGGGGGACCGUGUGCGACGACACCUGGGACCUCCAUGCCGCCGCCGCCGUGUGCAGGCAGCUGGGCUGCGGGAUGGCGCUGUCAGCACCAGGCUCAGCUCAUUUUGGGCCAGGUUCGGAUCCCAUCUGGCUGGACAGUGUUCACUGCACGGGGACCGAGUCCGCCCUCACUGAGUGCGAGCUGAGCAGCUGGGGAGAGCACAACUGUGGCCACAGCGAGGAUGCUGGCGUGGUGUGCUCAGACCCCUUGCAGGUGCGGGUGCAGGACGGCCCCGGUCCCUGCGCGGGGCGGGUGGAGGUGCUCUACAACGCUACCUGGCAUGGGGUGUGCGGCAGCAGAUGGAGCUUGCUGGAAGCUGGGGUGGUCUGCAGGCAGCUGGGCUGUGGGCCAGCCCAGUCAGCACCCGUUGGAGCCCAACUCAGGCAGGGGGACGACCCCUUGCAGGUGCGGGUGCAGGGCGGCCCCGGUCCCUGCGCGGGGCGGGUGGAGGUGCUGGAAUGCUCAGUUGCCCCAAAAAGGGUUUUAUGCACAGACCCCUUGCAGGUGCGGGUGCAGGACGGCCCCGGUCCCUGCGCGGGGCGGGUGGAGGUGCUCUACAACGCUACCUGGCAUGGGGUGUGCGGCAGCAGAUGGAGCUUGCUGGAAGCUGGGGUGGUCUGCAGGCAGCUGGGCUGUGGGCCAGCCCAGUCAGCACCCGUUGGAGCCCAACUCAGGCAGGGGGACGGCCGCGCCUUGCUGGAGGGGCUCAGCUGCCGGGGGACUGAGUUGCUGCUCCUGGAGUGCCAGCAGAGAGAGAUGGGUCUGGGGCCGUGCAGGCAGGGCUUGGCAGCCAGCGUGGUGUGUGCAGAGCAGAAAGACCUUAUACAGUCCUGCUCGGUGCUGGCAGGCCUGCUCAGCAUGGGGGCAAUGGUCUGUGGGACCCUGUUGGUCCUCUACCUGUGGACAAGGUGUGGAAGACAGGCUGGACGCUCCCCAGACAAGCCACUUAAAAAGGAGACAGAGGACACCGCGACAUCAUCAGAGGCAUAG